AAUGUGAAAUUUUGAUCACCACUUCAUAGUCCAUACAAAACCAUACACACUUCCUUUCGUUCUUUGGUCUUCGAGAUUUAACAAAAAAAAAACAAAAAAAAAUGAAAAAAACUUAGCUUCAUCCAUUAGCUACACAACAAAAAACAAGUCUUCAUAUUGCAGCACUAGUAGUAGUAGUAUGCAAAUAGAACUAAUUUUGUUUUUAUUUUUAUUUUUUUGGGUUGGUGAUAAUGUGAUGAUGAUGAUGAUUUGUUGAUUUAGCACCCAAUGAUUGACUUGCCUUGCUGCAAAAACAACACCACACAUUGGUAGCAAAACCAAGUUCAAAGUUCAAAGCUUUUUCAAGUAAGAGAAACAAGAAGAAGCUGAAAAAUGAAGUCUUUCUUGAAUGAUGGAAACAAUACUACUACUACUACUACUACUACUACUAAUCAUGAUGAUGAUAGUAACAAUCAUAACUGGUUGAUGGGUUUCUCUCUCUCACCCCACCACCACCACAACAUGAAAAUGGAGGUUCCCAAUGAUCAUAAUCAUAAUCAUCAUCAUCAUCAUCAUCACCAUCAGUAUUAUCAUCAUCUUCAUCAUCCUUCAAGCACUGCCUCAACACCAAGUAGCUUAUUCUACUUGUCACCUUCACAGUUGAAUAAUGCUUCUUCAACAAUGUGUUAUGCUGAAAACCCUUCUCCCUUUCACUCUUCUCCUUCUCUGGCUAUGAUGCCACUCAAAUCUGAUGGCUCACUCUGUAUAAUGGAAGCUCUCACUACAUCACAAACCCAAGUGAUGGUGCCAAGUUCUUCAUGUUCAUCUCCAAAGCUUGAGGACUUUCUAGGUGGUGCAACAAUGGGAGCUCAUGAAUAUGGUGAACAUGAAAGAGAAGCAAUGGCUCUAAGCUUAGACAGCAUUUACUAUAACACCAACACCAACAAUAGCCAUCAUCAUCAUCAUCAUCAAAAUUCUGAGGCUGAAAACAACAACAGACAACAACAUUGUUCUUCUAAUUCUUCUUUGGACCUUAUUCUCUCAGACCCUUUUAAGCAGCAAGGGCAUAAUAGUAAUAAUCAUCAUCAUGAACAUGAUCAAGAUGUGAAUCAAUACUAUUCAGCACUUGGCUGCAGCAAUGAUGGUUCUACUAGCAUUCUACCAUUUGUUGAAGAAGAAGAAGAAGAAACAACAAAGGAACCUCAUCAUCAUCAUCAUCAACAUCAAAUGCAUCAAGAACAAGAGAAUAAUAAUUGCUUCAUCAGAAACUGGGUUAAUGGAAAUAAUAGUAAUAAUAAUAAUGGAAUGGUGGAAAGUGUUAAUGUGAAUGUUAAUGGUGGAGGUGGGAAUUUGAAGACUUUAAGUCUUUCAAUGAGUCCUGGUUGUUCAUCUACUUCUCAAUCAUCAUCAAGCCAUGUAAGUGUUUCAACAACUCAUAAUCAUAAUCAGAUCACAGCAGGUUCUUCUUCUUCAAAUUCUUGCAAGGCCAUGGUGGAAGUUGCAAAGAAUAAUAAGAGAGGACACAAUAAUAGUAGUAAGCAAACUGUUCAUAGGAAAUCCAUUGAGACAUUUGGUCAAAGAACUUCACAGUACAGAGGUGUCACAAGGCAUAGAUGGACCGGAAGAUAUGAAGCACAUUUGUGGGAUAAUAGUUGCAAAAAAGAAGGACAAACUAGAAAAGGAAGACAAGUUUAUUUGGGUGGCUAUGAUAUGGAAGAAAAAGCUGCAAGGGCUUAUGAUCUUGCAGCCCUUAAGUAUUGGGGACCUUCAACACACAUAAACUUUCCGCUAGAAAACUACCAAAAUGAACUUGAAGAAAUGAAGAACAUGAACAGGCAGGAAUAUGUUGCACAUUUGAGAAGAAAAAGUAGUGGAUUUUCAAGGGGAGCUUCAAUGUAUAGAGGGGUGACAAGGCAUCACCAACAUGGGAGAUGGCAAGCAAGGAUAGGCAGAGUAGCGGGAAAUAAGGACCUUUAUCUUGGGACAUUCAGUACUCAAGAAGAAGCAGCAGAAGCAUAUGAUGUGGCUGCAAUCAAAUUCCGUGGAGUGAAUGCAGUCACAAACUUUGACAUUUCAAGAUAUGAUGUUGAAAGGAUCAUGGCUAGUAACACUCUACUUGCCGGAGAAUUGGCUAGAAGGAACAACACCGAGCAGCCAAAGGCGAUCGAGGCAGCGCCGGCACCGGCCCCGGCAACAACCCUAGAGUACAAUGUUGUAACAAGCCACAUCAACAAGAAGAAGGAGUUGGUAGAAGUUGAAGGUUGUAACACCAACAACAACAUUGAAAAUGGUUCAGAUGAAUGGAAGAAGAUUGGAUUUAACGAUGAUUAUAGAAAUUGUCAAAAUUUCUGUGGUGGUGGGGCCCUACAAGAUCUAAUUGGCAUUCAAAACCCUAAUAUGGGAGGGACUCAUUUUUCAAACCCAUCUUCACUAGUGACAAGUUUGAGCAACUCAUCAAGAGAAGGUAGCCCUGUUCACAUGAACAAGAACAACAAUAGUAGUCAUCAUCAAAAUGUGUUUCAUCAAAAGGUUAAUAAUAAUAAUGUUGUUAGCCCUAUUAUUGUUGCCAAUAAUACUAGUACUACUAGUGUUGUUAGUUCUUGGUUCCCUUCACCACCUCCUCAAAUUAGGUCUACUAUGUCUCCCAUGCCCAUUUUUGCGGCUUGGACUGAACCCUAGGGUUUUAUUUGGAGGUUGUUUUUGAAGUAAUUAACAUUAUUAAUUAAGAAUAUGUAUUUUAUUUGGGGAAUCGGAUUAGUUAAAUUUUAUGGCUAGUGGGGGCCACAAUUAUAUAUGUCAUGUUUUGUAUCUU